AUGGUCAAAUUCGAUAGCAGUGGUUCCGAGUCAGAGAUGACAACCGGGGAAGUGGUCUAUAUCGACACCAAAUACGAGGUCAAACUCAAGAUGAAGAACGGUAAUGGAGUUUAUAACGAACCCAAACAUGAUCAGUUCCAGGACCGUGAUGAGAUGGAAGUUCUCAUCCUUCCUGACCUCUUCAGCUCACUCAUGUCGGUCCCAGCCCGUGAGAACCCCAACUAUGCCAGCGUCAAAGCAGAAGCAGAUGAUUGGAUCUCCUCCGUGAUCAAAGCAGAUGCAGACUGGACCAACAGAAACAAACGGGUUGACUUUACCUAUCUUGCCAACAUCUGGGCACCUGACUGCAGUGCCUUUGCCUUGCGCACGUCAGCGGAUUGGAACUCAUGGGCCUUUCUGUUUGACGACCAGUUUGACGAGGGCCACUUGUGCAAUGACCUAGAAGGCGCCAUCAGCGAGAUUGCCAGGACGCGUGAGAUCAUGGAGGGUACCGCCCCGCGGUAUACCGUCGACUCAGAGCAUCCCAUUCGUUACGUUUUCCAGACACUAUGCGAUCGCAUCAAGCAAAGCCCAGGGGGUUUCUUCGUCGGAAAGCCAUCAUCAGAGCGUUUCUACAAGCGCUGGAUGUGGGCGCAUGAACUUUACUGGCAGGGACUGGUCGACCAGGUUCGGACUAAUGUAGAGGGCCGGUCCUACACACGUCGCCCAGAGGAAUACAUGGCCAUGCGUCGAGGUUCUCUAGGUGCUUAUCCAGCACUUGUUAAUAACGAGUGGUGUUACGGGAUUGACUUGCCAGAGGAGGUAGCAGAUCAUCCCUCUGUGUUUGAGAUCAUGGUUAUCAUCAGCGACCAGAUCCUGUUAGUCAACGACAUCCUCUCCUACGAGAAGGACCUUCGUCUCGGGGUAGACCACAACAUGGUCCGACUUCUUAAAGCCAAGGGUCUCUCAACCCAGCAGGCCAUAAACGAGGUCGGAGUCAUGAUCAACAACUGCUACAGACGCUAUUACAGAGCACUAUCAAAGCUUCCAUGCUUCGGUGAGGAGGCUGACCGCGCCCUCCUUGGCUUUCUCGAGAUUGAGAAGAACCAUGCUCUUGGCAGUCUGCUCUGGAGUUACAAGACUGGUCGGUAUUUCAAGAGUAAGGAGGAUGGUGCUCGGGUUAGGAAAACGCGAGAGUUGUUGAUACCAAAGAGUUUGGCGGCGCUGUGA